AUGGGAAAUUGGGUGGGCCCCAGGCUUAGCUCCUUCGAUUUCAUCAACCCCGUCAACCGCAAAGCGCUGACGCGGGAGGAGUGCCUUGCCCUGGAUGCUCAUUUGCGGGCGCACUAUCCCGGGCAACAGGCUACAUCCGUCACGGAUGCCUUCGACCUCUUCCAGAAGAACGGCGGUGGCGGCUCCGACCUCGUACGUCGCGAGGCGACGGCCGUCUUCCAGCACCUCUUUCGGCUCAGCGUGCGAGACCUCGACUCGCGCGGCCGCGCCAUCAACUACAACGAUGGCGGACUCACUGUCAUUGAUGACGAUGACAUUCGCGUGAGCUCGGCACAGCAUGCUGUGGCCGCCACGGCGGAGGUCUUAGGCACGGCCGAGCCACGCAACCCAGCCGAAUCCGAAUCCUUCCCGACAUUGGGCGCUGGUGCGUCGCAGCGCGCACAAGGUGCUUGGGCAAAGUCGUCGGCGCCGGCACCAGCAGAGGCAUUUCCCUCGCUGCCCAGCGCUCCGAAGAGUAAGGCGAAGCCUGCAGGAGCUCCGAAGGCCAAACCCAAAGCCAAGGCGCCGGCGCCGGUGGGGCGCGGCGUGAGGCAGCCGAAGACAUGGGCGAAGCCGGCUUAA